CGCACUUUCGAGACCUCUGCGAGACAGCCCUUUCCUCUCCUACUCGCGGGGUAUUCAACAGCCUGCGUCUUAUCUAAUUCCUCGGAAAUUGCUUCCAGUCAAUUCAAGCUUUGCAAGUCUAAAUACAGGUGUUUCCCAUGGCGGGACACCAGGACGAUAAUUUGCGGCUCUUUGACCAGCUAAAGGUCUGCAUAGUCUGCUCGAAAGAUCUCAGCCCAGAUGCAGCCCAUCAGCUCGCGUCCACCUUAGAAACUCAUGGCGGCGAGCCCGUUGUCUAUGAGCCUCCGGCCGAUUUCCCAGACAUUGCGGCGUUCAGCCAUAUCAUGUCCACCACGAUUGACUUUCCUCAAUUCGACGCCGCUAAAGAUGCCUUGAUUCCUGUUAUUAAGCCCCAGUGGAUGCACGCCUCACUGGCAAAAAGGAGGCUCGCCAACGUCCGCCAGUACAGCCCCGAUCCCCGACUUUUUUUGAACGAUGUCGUGGUUACAUGUGGCGAUAUUCCAGAAGGCGAUAAAGAUGCUAUCAUCGGUGGUGUCCUGGCGAAAGGUGGUCUCUAUAACCCUAGGCUCACUGGGAUGUGCACUCACCUUGUUGAUCUGACCAUCGACUCGGAUAAGGCCAAACAAGUCAGGGCUCGAAACCUCAAUGUCAAAAUUGUUCUUCCUCACUGGUUUGAUGACUGCCUGAAGCUUGGACGGCGGAUUGAUGAACGCCCUUAUAAGCUUCCAGAUCCCGAAAUUCUUCGCGCAGCACCGGACGCUCCUAUUCGCUCCGCAGAGAGCCGCGAUAUCAUUGGCGCAUCUACACCAGAGCCCUCCAAACUGCCUACACCAUUGACAUCUCCAGUCAAGCCUAAGCUGAGCGUUUUUCACGGCAAAGUUAUCAUGCUCUCUUCAGACUUGGAAAUCGGCUCGCACCUUCGAGACACUAUCUCAGCAAUAGUGGAAGAAAACGGAGGCAAGGUAACCACUGAUGUUUCAGAAGCAACCACAUUCAUCUGCCGGUUCAGAGACGGCUUCAACUACCGUGUGGCUUCCAGGCUAAAUAAGGAUGUGGGAAAUCUGUCUUGGCUUUACCAUCUAAUGACUUACGACUCUUGGACAUCUCCCUAUCGACGUCUUUUACACUACCCAAUCCCGAAAACCCCUAUACCAGGCUUUGAGAAAUUCAAGAUCAGCUUGUCCAAUUACGUUGGUGAAGCAAGGUCGUAUCUAGAGCAUUUGAUCACGGCUACGGGUGCAGAAUGCACCAAAACCUUGAGGCAGGAAAAUACACAUUUAGUGACUGCACACGACAAUAGCGAGAAGUGCUCUGCUGCUAGGGAAUGGAAUAUCCAUGUUGUUAACCAUCUUUGGCUGGAGGAAUGUUACGCACAGUGGAGGCUACUACCAGAGUCUAACAAUAGGUACACUCACUUCCCCCGGCGGACAAACUUGGGCGAAGUUGUGGGCCAGACCCGAUUGGAUAGGUCCGCACUCGAGAGUAUGUUUUUCGCGUCAGAAGAGGCCUCUUCGGAACCUUCGAGGAAGGCAAUGCAGAAAAGGGAACAGAACACGGCACCCGGGAAGCCCUUGGGCUCUACAGAUAUUGAUGAUAACAUGGUAUCCAACACCACGAACGCCACGCCGGCCGGCAGGUCAAAGAAGAACACAAACCUGCAUACUCCUUCCCACCUCUACCUCGCAUCUGAUGGCAAGGAAAACGACACCCCAUCGUCAACCAGCAGUCGAAAAUCUAAGGAGGCGGCAACAGCUAGACUGCACGAGAUUGCACCAGACAUCGCGCUGUAUGAGAAGGAAAAGAAGCGUGUUGGUGGUGUGAUAUACGGUGGUCGAAGGAAGACGGAUGAAGGUCGAGUGGUCUUGAACAGUAAGAAGCGAUCCUCAAUGGACGCACAGACAGAUAGUGAGGCAGAGGAUACUACGGAGGCUAAGCGGCAGAAGAAAUCGAAGCCCCCUAUCACGAUGCAUCUACUUAUUACCGGUUACCAACGGUGGGUGGGAAAUAUGAAGAAAGAAGAUGCAGAGAAGCGCCAACUUCGAGAGCUUGGUAUCAUGGUCGUUCAGGAUGCGCGCAAAUGCUCUCAUCUCGCUGCACCCUCUGUCCUGCGCACCCCUAAAUUCGUUAAUGCAAUUGCGUAUAGCCCCGUGAUUGUUCAGGUCGAGUUUAUAACACAGUGUCUGAAGAAGAACAAGCUCCUAGACCCUGAGGACUUCCUCCUUGACGAUAAGGAGGCAAAGAAAUUUGGGUUCUCAUUGGAACAAGCCAGGGUCAAUGCGAGGGCAAACAAAAACAAACUUCUCCGAGGACAUCACAUCUACUGCGUCGAGACAAUCCGUGGAGGAUUCGAUGCUUUCAAGUCCAUCGUGGAUGCUAAUGGAGGAGAGUGCAACUUGUUCCGUGGGCGUGUCUCAUAUCACACAGCACGUAAGGAUAGCGACGAGGAGAAACAAUCUAGCCGCAAGGAUAUUUAUCUUCUUAGUAGCGCGGCUCCCGAGCACCAGAAACUGUGGCCACGAUUCAGGCAAUUGGUCCACGAUAUGGGCAAGACCCCGCGCAUCGUCCGGGUGGACUGGCUUCUCGAUAUGGCCAUGUCUCAGGAGUUGCGUGUUGCUGAGGAUUAUGAGCUCAGCGAAGGAAUGAUUGAGCAGUCUGAGGAGUAA